UUGCCGUUUCAGCCUUUUUUCUGAACCUGAAGGCUGAAGCCCCCUUUUUACAAAGAUUCUCUCGUUUCCCCCAUUUUCCUCGUCCUCUCAUUUGGCGUCGUUUCCCGUUUCAAUAAUUUGCACUAUACACUACUCUAUUAAAUAAAUGUCAUACUUUUUUAUUUGAAUUUGUUUGGUUCAGUUAUUGAUCAAUUAUUCGGAUUCGGACCUCCUUGGUUGUUUUGUUUGGAUCAUCUUCAUCUUCGAAUAGAUUUACCCUGACAUGAAUCGUUGUCGGUUUGAUCUAAAGGAGUGACAGCUGUAUAAAAAUGGCUGCAUAAAGCUAAUUUCUCUCCUGAGAUAAAAUUAUUAUAACAUCCAUCAUCCAUAAUUGUUUUGAAAUUGACCAUGGCUAGUUGGAGAAGAUGAGCUGUUGAGAUGAUUUCCUAUGAGCAAGAUCCAGAUGUUGUACGAUGGGGCCUGCAGCUAUUUGAUGCUAGUCCAUAUAGUAAUUGCAGAUAUUGUGGUGAUGUUACUCAAGAUAAUGCAGAUUGUUAUCACGGGCAUUAUUUUAGGGAAGAGGAAUAUAAUAAUGAUUUUACCAACACAGAAAAUGAUGAAGUAAUGGCGCAUGCUCUUCAGCAACAAUUCUCACAACUUGCAGUGACUGAAGCCUCUGAAUCUUCAUAUGAUUGGUCAGAAAAUAUGCCAUCAUCAAAUUCACUGCAGGAGUGGCCUAGUCAUCCAAUUGGUAGCUAUUUUCCUGAACAGCAAAAUGAUCAGGAAGAAGCAGAUGAUGUGGAACCUUCUAGUUCAUAUUCUAGCUCUGAGAAGAACUCAUAUUGUGGAGAUCAAUGGUUUUAUUCAUUGGAGCAGAUUGAUGAAUAUGCUCUUGAUGGAAAAGUGGGAAAAAGACUGAAUCAAAUGGUUCCAAUUCCGCAUGUCCCUAGAAUCAAUGGAGAAAUACCUUCUAUCGACGCAGCAACCUUAGAUCAUCAAAGGCUAUUGCACAGGCUGCAACUAUAUGAGUUGGUUGAGUCCAAAGUUGAAGGAGAUGGAAACUGUCAGUUUCGUGCACUAUCAGAUCAAAUCUAUCGAACGCCUGAGCACCAUAAAUUUGUGAGAGAACAAGUAGUUAAUCAGCUGAAGUUGUAUCCAGAUAUAUACGAGGGAUAUGUUCCAAUGGCUUAUGCAGACUAUUUGGAGAAAAUGACCAA